AUGAUCAAUGGUCUGGAAGUCCCGGGUUUGGAUCCGAGCCUUGUGCUUAACGAGAUUCGUGCUCCGGAAAAGUUCGUUACAGCCUUUUUAGUGAGGGAAAACCAACUAGUAGUGGUGAAAAGUAACAAGGUAGAGGUUCAUGGGUUUCCGGUGCCUGAGAGAGUGCCAGCGGUAACUGCCAACCUCAAUGGCCAUGUUUUGGCGGCAUGUACGUGCCAGGACUUGGUUUUGAAGCGGUCAUUCGCCUUGGUGUUCUACGAAUCAGGCGUAAUCGAAGCAAGGAACGAAAAGUUGGAAGUACUGGAUAGUUUCCGGGCUUUUGAAGGCGAACCGCCCGAGAAGCCGCCAUUGGUGGCUGUAGAUGAAAAGUUCAAUCGCAUGUUCGUGUCCUGGGACCGUCUCUCAGUGGUGAAGGUUGAUUAUCAGACGGGGUCGCAGGGAUUGAAGUUCACGAGGUCCAAGCCGCGGCGCAGUGCUCUUUUCGAGUCUUCAUACCCGAUCGUCGCUUUGGAGUUCCUUUGGAACCUCGCUGACGAACUUCAAGAGGUCUGCAACAUCUGUGCCGUUUCUCAGUCGCACCCGGCCAGCCCGCUCCGGUUGGAGCUUUGGGAUGAACUUGAUCUCUUGCGCAAUAAAUGGCAGCUGGCUUUUGUGACGGAUGGGCUAGAGCUGACCCCUUCAUGUGAGGUUUCCCUGGCUGCGAGUGCGGGUCUCGGUUUUGCUUGCUUCACCCCGCAGCGCACCUUGAUAGUGGAGAGCGCGCGCUUGUAUGAUUCCAGGAAACCCCAUCAGGAUCUUCUGAAAUACCUUGACGGGCCCUGCCCUAACCUUGAUACUGCAGAUGCUCGCGUUUUCAGUGCUAGCCGCCAUUUCAUUCAGGAAAGGCCCACUUUUUAUGGAUGUACCAACCACGGCAAGAUUUUUAGACUUGAUAAGCCUUCAGAAGCCACGACAUCGACACCGAAUGUGACAAGCGGACCUGCUCUGUCGAACACAGUCAGCCCGAGCUUUAGAUCAUUGCGUAUUCCGCAACUCGAGCUAAACCAAAAAGAUAUAAUUGAGCAAUUCGUGCAUUUAAAGGGCUCGAUUUUUCUUGUUUCAACCAACACCGCAGGUGUGUUGCUCUUGGACCUGGAAAGCUGUAAGAUUGUUGCGGAAAUUUCCUACCAAAGUGCGUCUUCAUUAAAUGCUACUUUAACAGGUGGUCAAAACAGCUUUCCGCAGCUUCUUGUUUCGGGAGGAUCAUCCGGUUGUCGCGGGUUUCUCGAUUCUAGCCAGCUUGGAUUCGAAGAGGAAAUGCAGCUCGAAUUUGUCAUGCGUGUCGAAACAUCUGGGAUCGAGAACAUAUGGGUCACAAACAAUGGCCCUUUUUGGACUGAAACUGAUGGCUGUCUUUUCAGCAACAUGGGGCUUGUUGAUACCGAUGGAGACGUCCUCUUUGUAGCACCCGACGGCAGCGUACUCACCGGAAAAACCGGGGAAAUCAUAAUAGCACCUGUCGCGGGAUCGGACACAGGAGAGCUCAUGUUUGUUAGGCGUGAUGGCUCCGUGAGCUGGUCCUUCUCGGAGAUUAAGGCCAGGAUACCGAACUUUGAAGACGCCGCAACUGUUAAGUAUAUUGCUUCCGCUGCCAAGUUAUUAGAUGGAACAACGCUGUCAGUCGUGGCCUGGGACGCUAAAUCGCUUUGGAUUUCUCGGUCAGGGGCAGUGCAAGUUUCACUCGAGGGCAUGUCUAGAGUGUCAGACUGCUUAAUCAAGGCUAACGAACACUGCACAAGUGUGGUAUUUUCUGAUGUCUCAGGGAAUGUGCACAUCUACAACCUUAAUGGAGUAAGAGUCGCUAAUUUCAAGACAUGCGACCACAAGUUGGCGCUUGUCGACUUUCCGGAAACUGACCGCUUUUUCAUCUCAUGUACUGAAAGCGCAUUUUUGUCCCACAUCCAUCAAGACGGUGUUACUGCGGCGGAAGUUGCAUUGCCCAUACGAGCAAAGCGCAUAAAACCUGUUUCCUCGUCGAGGCUGCUCGUUGUUGCCGCAAAUCAAGACAUUUACCAUAUUGAUGUCAGCAACCUAACUUCUGCGCAGUUAAAAUUGGUAAAAAAAUCCAUUGUGUGUGAAUCGCAUCUUUUCACGAAGCAUACAUCACUUCCAAGUUCCCGCAGGUAUGUCAUUGUUAGCGCCUUGUCAUCAUGUUUUGAUGAGUUUAGAGAAAAAGCGAUAUACAGAACAGAGCUUCAAGUUUAUGACAUUGUUACAGGAAAGCUAGCGUCCACCUUCGAUAUCUCCCGGCAAUAUCCACAAGCGAUUAUUUCAGAUUUGAUACCAGUGCCAUUCCAAAAGCGUGUUUUGUGUGGAAAGUAUAUUGACACAGAGACAACCUUCGCGAAGCAACUGGUCUUCGGAAAGUGUCUCCUCGUCUCUCUGAACUUUGAAACGGCCGAGGAAGAUAUGGACAACAAUCUCUUGUUGUUCACGUUAGAUGAGAUUACUGGUGAGAUUGAAUUGCAACUAAAGUUCAAGCUAUCGUUUUCCAUUGAUACACUGUUUAGUUAUUCCAAUCGCAUUGUAUUCGCAGUAGGCGAGUUUUUGCAAGCGCUGCAGCUGGACUACUCCGUAAAAGAAAACUCCUUCAAUAUAAAGAAGAUUUCAGAGCCUCUAGAACUGGACGGACAUACAAGAGGCUGUUUUGAGCUUCCGUCGUUGGCAGCAGUGCCACCGCUUCGUGUUGGCGAUGUCAAGAAGCGCAAAGCUGAUAUGGCUGGCCAAAGAGAAUCGCUCGGCGUUUUUAAUACAUUCAAAGGCAUUCAGCAGUUCGAGCUCCAGGUUGAUGUAGUGACUCGGAUGGCAGCUGGAACUAUUAGUGCGAAUCUCCAGGGAGUGAGGACUAAGCACUUGCGGCUUUCCGAAUAUUACAAGCUUUUAAAGCCGCUGCAAGAGCUGCAAUUUCUUGCAGCGGCCUGUGUGAGUUUUGACAAAGAGCAGGGAGUGAACUUCGUGACUGCGGUUGACCACCUAAAUGAGGUUCACGUUGUUUACGAGGUCGAGAAUGGGCUUCCUGGUGAGCCAUGCGAGGCCAGCGACGAGGCAAGUUUUAGGCUCCCACAUCAAGUCACAAAACUCGAACCGGUGGGGAGUUCGGCCACAUCCAGUUGGGCCUCGGCCCUCAACAGGCCAUGUGAGCAGCUUCACGAAAUUUUCAAGCCCCUCUGCCUUCUCAGCACCUCUGAUGGUGGAUGUUACCUGUUGAGUUUUGUUACGAAGCAGGAUACUGUAGGCACUAUAGGCAUGAGCAACUCUUCGCCCUUUCGACACGAGCCCCCCACUCCAUUUUGCAUACAGGGAGCUCUCAGCACACUUUUCACACAACGCACGCACAGCACACCCUAG